UUUUAUUGUUGAGUGUGUCUUUCUUCUCGCAUCGUAUCGCAACGCAAAUUCGCAAAACGUCGGUUCGUUUCGUCGAACGAAAGAUCUAUCGGAAUCAAAAUAGUGCAAAAAUAAAGAAUUUAGAUAAGUGUUACUAAAUACGUUCAGUACUCUUCAUUUGAGUGGAACGGUAUAUCGGUGGUAUCGGUUGCUCUGUGCUGGAGCACCCAACAACCAAACGGAAGAACGGUCGGUUUCGGUCGGCUCACUUGUGUGUUUUUUUUUCGCGUAGCUUGCUACGAUUCCAUUGGACCAGGAUUUUUAAAACGGAAAAAUUUUCGACUGACUAGAUGAGACGGAGGUAACAGGGCUAAAAUGGAGUACUACGCAAUUUAUCUGCCAUACAAGGAACCCGAAUUGUCGAUAAAAAGCUUCUACAAUGAUAAGGAGGAAGCGUUGAAGGUGCUCAAAUCACACAAGGAAGCCCGACUGAAGGCUUUCCGAACGAGUGAAGAGGCGGUCUAUUUUUAUCUGAAUGGCCCUUCCGAUCCGCCUGCGGCGGCCACUCCUAAAUCACCGUCUAGCACACCGUCGAAGUUAAAACUAGAAAAGACUCCCUUCAAGGCACCGAAAAGUCAGGAGUUGGUUGCCUUUCGAAAGUUGAUUGAGAAGAACGAGCUUGAGCAGGCGCGCAGCACGAUGCAGCAGAAUCCUCGCUACCUGGUCAGCUCGGGCGAUAUGCCAACGAUCCUAAAGGAGGGCCCACGCUACAAUGCGCUGCACGUGGCGGCCAUGGAAGGGCACGGUGAGAUGUGCAAGCUGAUUCUGCGAACCAUCGAGAAUCCCGGCUUUAUUGAGUUCCUGCACGGUCAGCGGAAUCCUUCGACCGACGAGGUCAGCGCAAUCCUGCUGGAUCUGUACCUUAACAUGCCGGACAAGAGCCGCAGUGAAACGCCGCUGCAUUUUGCAGCUAAGUUCGGUUCGGUCAGUGCCGUCGAGGUGCUCAUUUCCUAUCCGCAGUGUAAAAUGACGCGCAACUCGGACGGGCACCUGCCGAGGGAUAUUAUUUGCAACCGUGCCAAGAGUAAGAAUGACAGUCCGGAAAUUCGGAAGGCGAUUGCAAAUCUGCUGCAGGAACGGUUUUUUGUGCCAGUGAUUCGUGCCGUUGAUAACAGUACACCUCCGGUCGUCGGCGAACCAUUUACGUUGGCCAACCUUCCGAAUCUGGAAGCAAAGGAUAAGUUUAGUCCCAAGCUGGAAAUCAAGGCGUUCGCCGGACCGAUGGACAAGGAAAAGGCACAGGUGUUCUGCAAACGCUGGAAGACCCCGCCGAGGUUAAUCCCCUCGCCACGGUUUAUUUCACCGGUGAAAGCGUGGAGUUCCAGUAAGAUUCCGAUCCCGAUCGGAGGGGAGGGACCGUUAAGCCCGGUGUCUUCGACACCGAUUGGCAACAAACGGCUCGGUGGACGGCGGUCGCUGUUUCCCAACCGGUCGUUCGAGCUGGCGCUCGAGCGGGAAGAACAGGAGAAUCACAACGGGAUUAAUAAUAAUUUCGAAAUAGAAGUGGUCAAGGAGGAUGUUGAUUUGGAAGCGCAGGAGGAGAAGCGACUACAGGACGAAAGGAAUGGAAACAAUUUGGUGGCGGUGAAACCGAUUCGGAUGACCGGAGGGAACUUUGGAGGGAUGCGGAUGAGUCCGAUAAAGAAGAAAGCCGGUGGCUUUCUGUUCCAAAAGUAUCGUGAACAGUUGCAAAAUUCCUUUGCCACCAUUUACGACGACGAUGACGAUGGCGUUGAUGGCGGAAAUGACACCAAAGAGGGAUUUGCCGAGUUGGAUGCGCCAGAAAAGCCGUCCGGGAAUAAUGGUGAUUCGAAUUUUAGCUAUUUUUGUGAUGAAAGCCAUUCCUUCUACGAAGGGACCAACAUCACCGAGUCACCUUCGUUCAAAGAACGAAAACUGCGCGUGACCGACACGGAAAAAGGUCUCGAAAUCAUUGGCCGCACUUUGGCUGAAGAUCAUGCCGUCGGAUGGAAUGAGUAUUGGAAGUUUUUGGAGACGUUUGUCGAUCUCAAAAGCAUGGAUGGCCUGCGAAUGUUUGAGGAAUACCUACAGAAGCGUCGAAACGACGCUUCCGAGUCCCCAUCGGUGGAGGAAAAACGGCCUCGACCAAAACAGUUGGAUGUUCUUUCGACCGUGAAUAAUAACAAAGCCAACGACAGCGUUGGUUCCAUAUGUAACGCUCUGGAGCGCAUGUGCUUGAAGGAGGGACUCCGAACGUCGUCCCCUCAAGUACCAUCGGCCACACUACACCAUCGUACUUCUGCACCGAUCGAACCGACUCCCGUUCACUCAAACAUCACCAAUCCGUACCUCUGUUUGCACAAUUCAUUGCAAGUUUUUGCCAAAAGAUUCGUCAAGAAUCUGGACGAAAGCAGCACAACGACGAUGAUGAUGGAUUUCGCCACCUUCUUCCAGCAAGCGGUGGUCGACUCCGUUCGAAAGUUGAAUACCCUCAUCGACAACUACCGGAAGGAUGCAGCGUUUUGUUCAAUCGAUUUCAGCAAAGUACACUCCCGCUAUGCUCAACUGGUAAUCAUCAACAUUGAACAGCAGUCGGAGACUGCACAAAGUGUGAUACACCGCCUCAAGGUUCUCCUGGACAAAAGCCGCGAAGUAAACUCGGCUGGAAAGCAUCGGGAUCUGCAGGACAGCCUGGUCUGUCUGCAAGGCUAUCUCGAUUUUUACAUUUACAAAAAACCGGAACUGAUGCAAGACUGCCACCGGCUGGAGGAACCGCAAACGGAAGCAAGCUGCUGCCAAACUUGGACCGCAAACCCGCUGGUUCGCAGCUGCCACUGUCGGAUCGACGGAGCGUACGCCAAGAAGGGCAGCAUGGAACGACUGAACAAGCGCCGCGAGCAGCGGAGGAAAAAUGCUGCCGUAGAAAGUCUCGCCAACCGACCGCCGCCGUCGGCGGCCGUCCUCGUUUCUAGUCCAUUGUCCUCGUCAGCAGGCUCGAACUUUGCCGCUUACAGGAAUCCCGUCAUUCUGAUUGCGGAUCAUUCGGGAGAUGAGGAGGACGAGGAGUACUUUAGCUGCAGUGACUCCGAGCUGGACACGGAUUCGGACGGGGAUGAUCCCAACGUGAGCUACGAAACGCCUCCCUCUAGUCCGUCGUUCUUCUCCCAGCUUGAGGAUACGCUGGACCUUAGUGCGCAUUCCGCCGACGAUGGUGCGGCCAGUAACGGCAACAGUGACAAGGAGGAUCAAUUCCUAGACAGCAACGGUGAUAUCAGUGAACCCGAAGAAGAAAUCGAAGAUCAGCCUUACACAAACUUCAUCGAAGGAGAGCAAGCCAGCAAACAGGAUGUCGACGUACUACAGGUGAUCGAAAAGCGACCGAUCGACCAGGAACAGUUUCCCUGCGUUUACGAGUGGCGAAGGGCGAUGCUGAAACUGCCGGUCGAACUACGUCAGAGUUUAUCAACCAAACCGAACCGGCUGCGUUGGCGUGCGGCAAGCAACACGUCCUCGCAAGGAGGACUGGACUAUAGUCCCCUCGCCGCAGGCGAUUUGAGCAGCGUAUCGAUAACGGCGGCGGAUGACGCGCUGGUCGGUGGUGGUUUCUCCGCUUCUCCACCGACCACACCGGUUAGUGCGAGAAAAAUGCUUCGCUUCGGGCCGCGGGCGAGUUCGCUGGCGGCUGCGGCGAACGGCAGCAACGACAGUCUCAGCUCGCUGGACGGUCGUAUCCGUUUGAUGAAUAUCUCCGACUACAACAGCACGGUUCAGCGUGUGGCACCGGCACCGAUUUCGUAGUUUUAACUCUGUUAUUCUUUCCGUUGUUUGAUAAUCAUCUAUUUUAAUGUUUCGGGGAUAUUUUCGUCUUUUACUCUUCUAAUAGGCAAGGCGUCACACAAUUUUUAAGCUAGUGACAAUUAACAAAUUAGCCAAGCCGUUCUGAUUAGCAAGUUUUUGCCUGCCAAACAAACUGUUCCAACAAUUAAACUAGCAAAUGUAAAUCAUGCGUUGAAUACUACUGGUGGAUACGAGUCUCCACCGGAGACUCACCACCAGAGAGACUCGUGUGCGGGACUCGAUUCGAUUCGAUUCGAUAGGUUAUCAUUGCACUACUCAGAAAUAAGUCACAGGGACGUUGCCCUUAUUCUUUUAUUACAUUUUUAUAUCAAAUCUUAAAAUAGGCUAUUAUUGCAGGGCUAAAUAAAACUGUCGCGUAUGAU